AUGAUUGGACAAGCUAUCAAUUUGACGAAUUUAUUGGCAGUUGUUGCUGUGGUUUCUUUCGGUUUCCUCUAUUCAGAAUUUACUGUAUCCACAUUGAAAUAUGUAACAACCAACAGCUUGAACUAUGUAUUUGCCUUUCUUCCUCGUGGACAAUUCUCCUCCAUUGAAAAUAGCAUCCUUUCUAAUGUUCGUUCAAUGAAAUCCAUUGCUGAAAUCUCUUCCAAGUAUGAUACUCAAUUCGUCCCUUCACAAUAUACCUUCUCCGUUUGGGCACUCAUUUACUUUUCCUUGUCCUUGUUUGGAAUUCUAUCCUUACUAACCAAUAAGGAAGAAAAGGAAAGGAUUGGUCGAAACAUUGGCCCAUUAUUCUUUGUAACAAAUUUAUUGAAUAUUGCCUGGAUGGUUUCAUUCAGUUUGGAAUAUAUUUUCCUUUCACACUUGAUCAUUGUUGGAUUGUGGUGGACCUUAUUCACACUCUAUGCUCGAAUCAUUGAUGUGAGAUAUGGAUAUACAGUGAGCAAGUAUCCUCUCUGGGUCAAAUUACCAUUCUCAAUCUAUCUUGCCUGGAUAUCAUGUGCAGCAGUUGCCUCCACAAUGAUGGUUCUCAAACACGAUAUUAUGAAACCAUUCAUUGAUUCAUUUUCUAAUACUGCUGAAAAGGAAAAGAUGUUUGUUUAUAAUUUGGAUUUCACCAGUCCAGUUCUUGCUGUUGUUUCCUUGGUUGGAGUAUUGUCAAACAUGUUGGAUGAGCAACAGUGGGUUGCUGCAUUUGUUACCCUUACCUCUGUUAUUGGAUUAUGGUUCUCAAAGAAUUGUCUUGAAGAAUUGGUACAAUCCAGAUCCACUUGUAAGGAUCGUCUCUCAAGUGAACAUGGUCAUUAUGUUCUUUGA